GGUGCCCCAGGGCAAAGCCUGGGCUACGGCUUCGUCAACUACGUGGAGGCCGGCGACGCCGACAGGGCCAUCGGGGCCCUCAACGGCCUCAAGCUGCAGACCAAGACCAUCAAGGUGUCCUACGCCCGGCCCAGCUCCGCCUCCAUCCGCGAUGCCAACCUGUACGUCAGCGGCCUGCCCAAGGCCAUGGGGCAGAAGGAGAUGGAGCAGCUCUUCUCCCAGUACGGCCGCAUCAUCACCUCCCGCAUCCUCGUGGACCAGGUGACAGGACGCCCCCUCGUCCCCUCCAGGCUCGACAACUUGCUGAACGUGGCCUACGGGGUGAAGAGGUUCUCGCCGUUGGCCAUCGAGGCGGUGCCGGCGCUGGCCGGGGUGGGCUUGGGGACCCCCGGGCCGGGCUGGUGCAUCUUCGUCUACAACCUGGCGCCCGAGGCGGACGAGAGCGUCCUGUGGCAGCUCUUCGGGCCCUUCGGCGCCGUCACCAACGUCAAGGUCAUCCGCGACUUCGCCACCAACAAGUGCAAAGGCUUCGGCUUCGUCACCAUGACCAACUACGAGGAGGCGGCCAUGGCCAUCGCCAGCCUCAACGGCUACCGCCUGGGCGACCGCGUGCUCCAGGUGUCCUUCAAGACCACCAAGCAGCACAAGGCCUGAGCCGCGUCCCCGCUGGAGGCCGCGGGGGUCUCCUGCCGCCGCCGUCGGGGCGUGGGGAGCCCCCGUGAGCGCCGUGGAGAAGCUCGGCUGGAGGUGUCUCGGGGACCCGCUGGAGACCGUGGAGAAAGCCAGCUGGAGACCUCGGGCACCUUCAGGGACCCCCGUGAGCACCAUGGAGAAACUCAGCUGGAGACCUCGGGGACCCCCCAGCAGCACCAAACACAUCCUGGAGACCUCAGGGUCCCCCCAUGGGCACCACGGAGACCAUGGAGACACCCACAUGAAGACCCAGAGACCUCAGGGUCCCCCCAUGGGCACCACGGAGACCAUGGAGAAACCCACUUGAAGACCCAGAGACCUCAGGGUCCUCCCAUGGAGACCAUGGAGAAACCCACAUGAAGACCUGGAGACCUCAGGGUCCCACUAUGGGCACCACGGAGACCAUGGAGAAACCCACUUGAAGACCCAGAGACCUCAGGGUCCUCCCAUGGAGACCAUGGAGACACCCACUUGAAGACCCGGAGACCUCAGGGUCUCCCCAUGGAGAAACCCACAUGAAGACCCGGAGACCUCAGGGUCCCCCCAUGGAGACCAUGGAGAAACCCAACCGGAGACCUCGGGGACCUUCAGGGACCUUCAGGGACCACCCCCCCCAUGAGCACCAGACCAAUCCUGGAGACCUCAGGGUCCCCCCACGAACACCAUGGAGACCAUGGAGAACCCCAACUUCAGGUCCCGGGCACCCUCCAUGGUCACCGAGGACAUCCUGGGUCUCCAGGAUGGAGAAACGCACCUGGAGACCUUGGAGACCGUGGGGACACCACGGAGACCCCGGAGACCCCCUCCAUGGCCACUGAGGACACCGUGGGGACACCUGAGGCACGGCCCGGACACCUGGACGCCCUCACCUGUCCCCGAUGGGCACCCUGAGGAAUCCUCCAGGUGCUCCAGGGCACUGGGAGGGGCCCUGGAAAGCCUGGAGACCCCCCCCAGGACACUGUGGACACACCUGGGACCCUCCCCCGGGUACCCCAAACCCCACCACUCCGGCAGUGGCCGGACCACCUGGAGCGGUGUCCCCCCCUCACCUGAUCCAGGUGUGUCCAGGUGGGGGCUGUGCCCCCCCUUCCCUCCACUCCAGGACUCCAGCGGUGAGAGGGGGGGCGUCUUCUCGCUCUCUCCUUCUUUCCAUGUUUUCCCUUAAUUUUCUGGGGGAGGGGGAGGAAUUUUUGGGGAGAAAGAACAAAAAAUAAGGAUUUACCACGUGUUUAAUUAGACCUGUUACCCGUUAUCAGGUAAGGAGGAGCGUGACUGACGCAGGGAGCGGCGACUCCUCGGGAGCCGCUGACCCAAAUCCAUCUAUUUUUAUAGCAGAAUAUUAAAAAUAUCCCCCAAAAUCCCCCAAAUCGCCGUUCCAGAGAGGGUGAGAACCUGUUUUGUGCUCCCCGAGUUCCUUGGAAGCAGCUUGUGAACCCCAAGAGGGAUCAAGGCAAGUUCUGGGGGGUCAGUGGCACUGAAAUUCCAGGGAUUCCUCUGGUACCCCUAAAUCUGGGAGGGAGGGGAUGUGUCUUGUCACGCUUCCCCCCUCUCCCUUCCCAAAUUCUCCAAAAUGGGCAAUUUUUGCCCCAAAUUACUCCACUUUCUGGAGUUUGGCCACUUGGAGCCUCCUGUCCAAAAAAAAGGGCGGAACCCCACCUCAAAAGCCCCGACCCUGAGUUCCCCCAUACUCCUUUAUCGUCAUUAUUAUUCUUAAUUAUUCUUAAUUAUUAUUCUUAUUAAUUAUUAUUGAUGUUAUUAUUAUUAUUGCGAUUCUUAUUUAUUUUCCCUUUGCUGUCGGGAUAAUUUCUCACUUUUCAGUGGUUUAUUUCCCAUUUAUUUCCUAUUCUUCCCUGUUUUUUCCCCUGAUCCUGGUACUCCCCGGGACCCUCUUUUUUCCCCCCAGACCCUUCCCCCAAUCCCAUCCUGGCUCCUGGUUUUUUUGUGUCGUGCCUGUGUGAAGCUUCUUGUAGUUUUAAUUAUUAUUAAUAUAAAUAUUUAGGAGCGACCCCCGUGUCCAGAUCCGCCAUCACACCCCCCGCCCCCCCAAACUCUGACCCCCACCCCCUCUCCCAGGGAUCCAGCCCUGGAAUUUGGGGAGGGGGCCAGGGGACCCCCAGUUCAGUAGCAAUAAGGGGUCCCCACCUCAGCCCCGGCCCAUUUUUGGGGGGCCCAACGUGGGGACAAAAGGUGCCCACCCUGGUGGCACUGCGGGACCCCUCGGAGGGGACCGGGACCCCCCCGGCCCCCACCCCUGGACUCGACUCUUUGUAUUUUUCAUGGGAAAAAAAAAAAAUCAAUUAAAAAAUUUAAAAGGCA